AUGCUCGACGGCGGCGGGCGGAUUUGCGCCAGCAAACCACAUGCCAGGCGUCCUAUUGACCGUCCCUUUCAUCCCCGAGUCGCACCCCGAAGCCGACACCACCGAACGACGGGCCUGCCUGCCUCAUGCAAGGGCCGUACACUCCUGGGCACGGCUAGAUGGGGUCGCGGCUCUGGUGGUUCAAAUUGCGUACCGGCGUAUGGACGCCCUCUGCGGGAACGAGAGCCUGGGGUCCUAGGGGUGAUUGGCAUGACAUUCUCGGAUGCCACCCUCGCAUAUCGCAUUUCGCAUACCAGGGCUUGCUCUCCCCUUCAACUUGUGCCUAUGUUUGGUGUGUCCAUGAACGGUGUUGCGAGCUUUGUAUAG